GUAAACUUCUCUAGGAUAGAUCUUUAGACUUCAGCUCGAAAGCAAGCAGAUCGAAGCCGCAAGCGCCAUGUUCACUGCGUGGGACUUUCUAGAUCUUAGUGUGAGCUCUUAAGUGGUAUCACUGGCAGAGGAAGCGUUUGUGCAUUGGCAACAAGGAACAAACUGACAGGCUCCCAUCGCAGCGGAAUGCCGUACUUAGAAGUACAGCAGAGCUUCAGGGCAGUGCAUUACUCGACUACGAUGGAAACUUCCAGUUUCUGUAGUCAACCAGCUUUGAAAGGCGCCAUUGUUGCUGGGUUGACGCGGCAGGUUAUGACCACGAUUAGGUGCACGGAGGCUUCAUCCAAAGUCAUGGCCGUACCACAAGCUGUGAGCCAGGGGUCUGAAUGUGGUGCUGCUCGUCAACAUUUUUCCUCAAGCAUCCCUGCAAGAUUAUGUAGGACAGCGGAGGCAUAUCCAACACACGCUGGGAGGGAAUAUGGCAGGACAGCAAGACGGAAGCUUCCGCAAGUAGGGAAACGCAUUGGGAUCCAAAGUGGACGGAGAAAGUAUGCAACAUUGCAGAGCAAUGUGCGUGCUGGUGGCGUGGCUCCUGGCAGUGAGGGGUUAGUAGAAGGCGGGCAUGAGAACGAGAUGAUGAUAAAGGAGCUGGAGAUGAGGGCUCCAAGGGUUUUUGUCGCUGAGAGCACGCGACCGGGCGCAGGAAAAGGAUUGUUUGCAAUGGAAUCCAUCGCCUCCGGGGAGCUCGUUACCGAGUACGUCGGCACGCGGUUGGUCGGCCAAGAGGCGCGCUUAGAGCACGAAGAGUACCUCAAGGAACACGGUCUGGAGGACAGUUACACAAUCUUUGUCUCACGGGAUUGCUCAAUCUAUGGGGACCAACAAGCAGCCCCCGAGCGGGGAGUUGCUUGCCUUAUCAACGACCAUGAUUGUAUUGCUGCAAGCGACCUUGUGGAUCUAGACAGAGCGGUUCAAAGGUACAUAGACGGGAUAGUAGCGAGCCAAAACGUAGACUGGUUUGUCCAUGGCGACCGGCUCUUUGCAAAGGCCUGUGUAGAUAUAAAAGCGGGGGAGGAGCUCUUUACCAGCUAUACAACUGCUUGGUGGUUGGAUAGGUUGAGACGGGAGCUGCUGACAAGGGCCUGUGACCACGUCAGCUUGAAAUGGAGAAACUACACUCCACGAGAGGUUGAUUUCGCCAACACGGACGUUGAUAGGAUAAAGCAUGAGUGGGCGCUAAUCCGAAAAGUAGAGAGAGCAUCGCUGGAAGCGGUGCGGUGGGAAAGAGAUGCGUACGUGAAGAAGAAUCUGAUGAGUUUCGAGGAUAGGCUGUACGAACUAGACGCGGUGCCAGACUACUGGGAGGAGGACAUUGAGUACGGGCUUGCGGGAUGUGAUUGGUGUCUGGAACACCAACUGAAAAAGCACUUGCAAUCAGAAACUUGAAAUGUGCGCUUGACGAUCUGGUCUGAGUUACAUCGAUCGAGCUGAAUAACGCCUGCAGCGGUUUCGAUGCCCAU